AGUCCUGCCCCCAGAUCCCCUCCCUCUCACAGUCCGAUCUCCUCGCUUCACCCCUCCCUCCCUGCAAGUUGUCUCCGGGCUCUCCCUUCUCAGUAGCGCAGGAUUCGGUUGCUGGUACCGCUGAGUCUCCUCGGAUCCCUCACUCUCCCUCCUGCCGGACAGCCCGGGGUAUAGGGGGGCAUCAUGAAGAUGCUUCAAGGGCGCCUCCCGCUCACCAUCCUGCACCUUCUCCUUCUUGUUGGGGGCGGAAUGACCCAGCAGAAGCCACAGGGACCCAUUAAAGACCCCAACGGAUUUCCAGCAGUGGGACCCACUAUAACUGUAAGACCUGGUCCAGGUCCUGAUCCUGAAAGAGUCACUUUCCAAGACUGCCCUGUGGAUGUCUUCUUUGUGUUGGAUACAUCUGAGAGUGUUGCCCUGAGAGUGAAGCCUUUCAAGACCUUAGUGACACAAGUGAAGGACUUUACCAAGAAAUUUAUUGAUAAACUGACCUCCAGGUAUUAUCGGUGUGACCGUAACCUGGUGUGGAAUGCGGGUGCUCUACACUACAGUGACGAGGUGAUCAUGAUCAGCAGCCUGACCCGGGAUAUGAAGACUUUGAGGGAUGACGUAGAGACAGUUGAAUACAUUGGAAAAGGAACCCACACUGACUGUGCUAUUAAAAGGGGCAUUGAGGAGGUCCUGAUUGGAGGGUCACACCAAAAAGAGAACAAGUACCUCAUUGUCGUGACUGACGGACAUCCUCUGGAGGGCUACAAAGAGCCAUGUGGUGGUCUAGAAGAUGCAGCAAAUGAAGCCAAACACUUGGGCAUCAAAGUCUUCUCUGUUGCCAUUUCACCAAACCAUCUGGAGCCAAGGCUCAGUGUAAUUGCAUCUGAUGCAAGCCACAGGAGGAACUUCACAGCUACCAGUGCUGCUGGUCUGACUGAUGAGGAAAUAGACAAUACAAUUGAUACCAUUAUUGAUAUGAUUAAAGAAAAUGCUGAGCAGGGGUGCUGUACCUAUGAAUGCAGGCCCUCUCGUGGCUCUGCAGGACCAGCAGGACCACCUGGUUAUGAGGGAGAAGUCGGAAAGCCAGGUCUUCCAGGCGAUCGAGGGUUACCAGGCGAUCCAGGUCGACAGGGUGAUAUUGGACCUGUGGGCUACCAAGGAAUGAAAGGUGACCAAGGUACCCGAGGAGAGAAGGGUGGGAGAGGAGCCAAGGGAUCAAAAGGAGAAAAAGGAAAGAGAGGAAUUGAUGGAAUUGAUGGACAGAAGGGAGAGGAUGGAUACAAUGGUCUUCCUGGGUGCAAAGGAUCACCUGGGUUUGAUGGAGCCCCUGGAAGUCCAGGACCUAAAGGUGAUCCCGGAUCAUAUGGCCCAAAAGGAGAAAAGGGUGUUCCUGGAACUCCUGGCACUGCUGGAAGAUCUGGAAGCACAGGAAACACAGGAGACAAGGGAGAUCCAGGUCCUAAUGGCUCAGCAGGAGAGAAGGGAGAGUCUGGCGAUGAGGGUGAUGCUGGAGCUGAUGGGCCUCCUGGAAAACGGGGUGAACCUGGAGAGCAGGGUCCUCCUGGGGUAUCUGGGGCCAGAGGAGCUAGAGGAGAAAAGGGUGAGCCUGGGCCACCAGGCGACCAAGGAAGAGAUGGGCCAGCUGGUGCUUUUGGUGAUCCAGGAGAAGCUGGGCCUCAGGGACCCAAAGGAUACAGAGGGGAUGAAGGACCAAGAGGUCCAGAGGGGCCAAAAGGACCAAGAGGAGCAAAAGGCUUACCCGGAGAACAAGGCAUUGCAGGAGAGAGGGGAGAUGAUGGCCGUCCAGGAAAUGGUACUGAUGGCUUCCCAGGAUUCCAGGGAUAUCCUGGUAGCCGAGGAGACCCUGGUUCAAAUGGAACCAAAGGUUAUCCUGGACCUAAGGGAGAUGAAGGAGAACAAGGGGAACCUGGUGAUGAUAAUGUAAGUCCAGGACCUCCUGGUCCCAAAGGAGCAAAGGGAUAUAGAGGACCAGAAGGACCCCCAGGAUCUCCAGGCCCCGCAGGACCUCCAGGCCCAGAUGAGUGUGAGAUCCUGGAUAUCAUAAAGAGGAUGUGCUCUUGCUGUGAAUGUACUUGUGGUCCUUUAGACCUCCUCUUCGUGCUUGACAGCUCUGAGAGUAUUGGCCACUCCAACUUCCAGAUCUCCAAAGAUUUUAUUAUUAAGGUUAUUGAUCGACUCAGCCGGGAUGAACAUGUCAAGUUUGAUGCUGAAAAUUCACAUGUUGGAGUGGUGCAGUACAGCCAUGGAAAGACUCAAGAAGUUGUAGCCAUGGGAGAUGCAAGCAUCCAGUCCAUUGGACAACUGAAGGAGGCUGUGAAGAACUUAAAGUGGAUUGCAGGUGGAACCUGGACUGGAGAAGCUCUUGCUUUUACUAAAGAUAAUCUCUUGAAACGGUUUAAAUUGGAGAAGAAAAUAGCACUUGUACUUACAGACGGACAUUCAGAUAUUCUGAGAGACACAACUCCACUAAAUACAUUGUGUGAAGUUACUCCGGUUGUAUCAGUGGGCGUAGGGGACAUUUUCCAAAAUGCUCCUAAUUCAGAUCAGUUGGUUCAGAUUUCUUGUGGUGGAAGACCUUAUUCGAAGGGGCUGUCUUUGCAGCGAACCAGCUUUGCAGAACUUCUGGAUGAUGGCUUUUUGCAUAAUGUUACUUCUCAUAUGUGCAGCGAUAGGAAGUGUCCAGAUUACUCCUGCCCCAUCACAUACGAAGGGCCAGCAGACAUCACACUGCUUGUAGACAGCUCUACUAGAGUUGGAAAUCAGCAUUUCCAAACCAGCAAAAGCUUUGUGAAGCUCUUAGCUCAACGUUUUCUGAAGGCAAAAGCCCCUCCAUCAGGCUCUGCACGCGUGUCGGUGGUGCAAUAUAGUGGCCUCAACCAGCAGAAAGUGGAAGCACAGUUUGUGUCCAAUUACACAGUACUAGAAGUUCCAGUGGAUAAUAUGCAGUUCAUAAAUGGUGCCACAAAUGUGGUAUCUGCUCUGCGUGCUGUGACAGAGCUGUAUCGUGAAGAUAGUUUGGCAGGGGUAAGCAAGAAACUGCUGGUCUUCUCCGAUGGGAAUACACAGGAUGAGAAGGACAUGCUGAAAGCUGUGCAAGAUGCUCGAGCGGCAGGCAUUGAGAUCUACGUAUUGGCAGUGGGGAGCCGCCUUAAUUAUCCAAAUCUACAGGUUAUGCUUACAGGCUCUGCUGCAGAUAUAACUGCACCUUUUCCAGAGGAGAGACUGUUCCGUGUUCCUGAUUAUCCUUCUCUACUCCAAGGUGUCCGCUAUCAGUCUAUCAGUCGUCGAAUAUCCCUGAAAUCCUCUCAGUAAAAUCAACAUUGAACAGCUCAGCUCCUACUGAUCACACACUGAGCCUGAGCAUGAACCUCCAGAAUGCCACAGGAAAUGUGAUCUAAGAGUAUGCCAUAAGAAGCCUCCUUUACUUCCAUGAAUGCAGUCCAGCCUUGUGGGCCUCUUGUACCUUUUAUUGGACUGAAAAUGCACAUUUAUUGGGCUUAAUAAAAAAGUGAGAUGUCAUCUUUAAAGAACACUGCAAUGAAAGCAUGUGCUCAUCUCUUCUGUAUUCAUUUUCUUUCUUUAGAUCAAAGAUAUUUUUUUCUCAUACUGCUAAUGGAUAAGCAAGAUGCUGUAAAGCUUGUGUAAGGAGAGUUAAAUGACUUGACAUCCUACUGCACCAUAGCUGGGCUUACGCAGUCAGUAAGUGCAUGUUGUUUCCCUGUCUUUAGGGAAACAAGUCCAUGAGUAAGAUUGCAGGCAGUCCCAGAACUGUAGGUGUUCAGAUUUUUUUUACAGAGAACUCAGCAAUAUUUUAGAUAUUACAGGUCUUUAUUGCUCCUUUAAAAGGUAUCAGAGAAAGGGAGGCUGGCAGUCUUGAACAUAAUAAAAAAUUUGGUUUAUCUAGAAAUAUCCAUGAAGGUUUUAGUCACUAAUUAAAUAUUCUCCUGUUCACAACCAUGCAAAAGUCUUAUUUUUAUAGUUUGUUUCCUCUCUACCAUUCAUAUCAAUGUCCACAGAAGCUCUAAUGCUCCAGCAGUGCCUUAUGUCCAAAUACAUUUUUAUUAUGCUCUAUAAACAGAACUCAUAGGGAAAGUAAAUGAUCAGGAGAAAUGGAAGUUGCAAAAUGAUGUUGGAAAAAGAAAUGAAGGUUAUACAGUAGCACAUAGAGAAAAUAUAGUGACAGUUUCCUCUUGCCAUAAUAAAUGCCAAUGCUAAAUCUUGUGCCAAACAAACUCCAAACUACUCUCAGAUGUUGCCACCAUUGCCAUAUAAUAGAUAUGCUAAGUGAGAGAAAUACCCAACACUGUUUUUGUUGAACAUCAUGUUACAAAAUACCAAAAUGUCAUUACAUAUCGAAGAUCUACUUGCUGAACACAAAUUUGUAUUUUGUAUCUCUGGUUUGGCUGUAAAGAACUUUUUGGACUUCACAUGACUGUUCUAAGGAAAUCUGUCAUGGUAAACACCUGGAGAGAAUUCAUCUUCUUGCAUACCAAAGAUCUGUUCCCAUAAUUAAACUGCAUUGCACAGAUGAAGAGGACAACCUUAAGUACUUGAGUGCCUUUCACAUUCCUAUUCCCUUCUCAAAAGCUGUCCUGCUCGCCAGUAACUAAUGAGCUGUAACGAUGAUAUAUCUGGUUACGAAGAUAAAUCCAUUAUGCUGUGUUUUAUAGUUUACAUUCAGUGUUUUACAAAGCAAUCAGUGGAUUUAUAGAACCUGCAGGAACCGUUAGAAAUUUCCUUACAUUUUUCAUAAUAAUUAAGAUGAAAUUGAAAACCCUUAUUUUCUCUUGUGCUCGGUGCUGAUAACAUUUGUCAGUUGGCAGAUUAUUCAUGACACAUAAGCAAGGGGGUGCAAGGAAGAAUUAUACAGUUAUUAUUGGUGCUAUAUUCGUACAAAGAAGUCUUAUGUGAAUGUUGUCCUUUAACCCAUUUUUCCUAUAGGUACAGUUGGUACGUAGAAUGAUUUGUAGUGCCAGACAUUGGGUGGGUGAUAGGACAACUCCUGUGGUUGGAGGCCCACAGAUCUUCCUUUUGAUACAACCUGUAGUCAUGUUGGUCUCUGAAUAAAGGGUUUUCCCACAAA